AUGGAUCGUCGAUGUUCCCAGUCGGUGCGGACACUUGUGUUCGACGAUUCGGACUCUGAUUCGCCUAAAGUUGUACAGAAGAAGGAUUUGCCGUCUUCUGGGGGUCCCGUAUUGUUAAACCAGAGCGCCGAAGAUGCAACAAAACCUUCACGUACGAACUUGGUGCGUAUGCGCAGGUCGGCGCUCGGGAAGUCUGCACCCACGCUCUCUAUGCACUUUAAGGACCCGUGCGCGGUGUCACGACGGCCGUCGAGGUUGCCGCCUCCACCUCCGCACCAUCGGCUUUCACUAGUGGUCGGUUCUGGUCGUUGCAGUUCUCCAGGCACGGGACCUCUUUCACCAGCCGAGGGGCCGCGAUGGCCCCACGGACACCAUCCGCACCCGCUGCACCAUGCCCUACUGUCCUCCAGCGUAAAAAGGGGCAAGGAGCUCGAUGGUCGCAGAUGGUCGGUGGCGUCGCUUCCGUCCUCGGGCUACGGGACCACACCGGGCAGCUCUAGUCUUUCGUCGCAAUGUUCGUCCCAGGAACGACUGCUGGCGGUGCAGGCGGUAUGCGAGCCUCCGCGAGCGCCUUGCCCGCACUGCCACCAACAUCAGAAUUCCCUCAACAGUUCGCAAGGCAGCGGUAUGAACAACUGGGCGUCGUUGUCGGAUAGCGGCGGCAGCGGUCACACGGCGGCGCGCGCACCCUCGCCGCAGUCUCCUGCGAGACGCGUGCGCAGCAGGAGUCUCAGUUCACCAUCUCGUAGCGGUGGUGGCAGCGGCUCCAAUGGAGGGUCGGGAUCCCGCGAUGACGCUGUGUCCGCCAUGUCGGCGCUUUUCGCAGCCAGAUUCCCGGCCGCGCAGAAAGCUAUGGAUGACAAGUUAAGAGGCCUAAUCGAUGAGUUAACGGAGUUAGACAAGAAACCUGACAGGCCACCCAUCGAACGAUUUGUCCAGAGACAGGUUCUAGAGAUGGCGCGCGAUUGCCUUCAUAAGUCUGAAUCGAAGCAGGUCACCAGCAGUUACUUUUACGAUAUGGCUGACAGCUUGGAUCGGCUGCUGGCUGAGACUCGAGAAAAAUCAGCGGACGCGGGCAACCAAGUAGCACCUCUGGUUACUCGGCUGAUACUAGCGAUGGCUCGGCCGGCGCGACUACUGGAGUGUCUCGAGUUCGAUCCUGAACGAUUCUACAGGCUACUAGAGGCUGCUGAAGGACAAGCAAGGCAAUUGCAGGGUAUAACAACAGAUAUCCCACAAUACAUCAUUCACAAGUUGGGUCUGUCAAGAGACCCCUUGGCUGAACUGCACGCCCCACCCCCGCCGCCUCCGCCGCAGAACUCUUCACCGUCAAAGAGCAGAGGUCGUACAUCCCCACCUUCCGGUCAGGGGGGCGCUCCCCCAUCUGAAAACGACUACCAAGUCAUCAAGCUGAUCUCAAACGGGGCUUACGGCGCCGUCUACCUAGUUAAACACAAACAAACCAAACACAGGUAUGCAAUGAAGAAGAUAAGUAAAAACAACUUGAUACUGAGAAACCAAGUGGAACAAGCCUUCGCCGAGAGGGACAUCCUGAGCUUCGCAGACAACCCCUUUGUGGUGACUAUGUACUGUUCGUUCGAGACAAAGCGCAAUCUGUGCCUGAUCCUCGAGUUCGUUGAGGGGGGGGACUGCGCCACGCUCCUGCGGACGGGCCCGCUGCCGCCCGACAUGGCGCGCCACUACUUUGCUGAAGCGGUACUCGCUGUGGAGUACCUUCACUCGUACGGCAUCGUGCACAGGGACCUGAAGCCUGACAAUUUACUCAUCACGGCAACGGGUCAUAUAAAGUUGACUGACUUCGGGCUCAGCAAGAUGGGUUUGAUGUCGUUGGCUACAAAUCUAUACGAAGAAUACGCCGACAGGGAGGCUCGCCAGUUCUCAGAUAAGCAAGUUUGCGGCACUCCCGAGUACAUAGCACCGGAGGUCAUCCUCAGACAGGGUUAUGGCAAACCUGUGGACUGGUGGUCAAUGGGCAUCAUCCUGUAUGAAUUCCUUGUGGGCUGUGUGCCGUUCUUCGGAGACACCCCUGAGGAGCUGUUCGCUCAUACUGUCAACGAUGAUAUCGAAUGGCCAUCGGAGGAAGACUUUCCUAUAGCAGUCGAGGCGAGGACUAUUAUCGCUGAGCUGCUGGCUCGAAAUCCCAGGGAUCGUCUGGGCACUGGUGGCACUCAUCAAGUUAAGGAGCACAUAUAUUUCUGCGGUUUGGACUGGAACAACCUUCUACGGCGUAAGGCUGAGUUCAUACCGCAGUUGGAGAACGAUGAGGACACCAGUUAUUUCGACACUCGCUGCGACCGUUACAACCACAGUGAAGUGGACACGGACGAGGCCGCCGAGCCCCAGGAUCCGGCCGAGGAGGCGGGGGUCUUCGCCGCCUUCUCCAGCACCUCGCCCCAGUGGCGCCGCCACUACAACCACUCCUGUGUGGAACAUGAUUCUAGGAGCACAGACAGUUGGCCGGGUACACCAGACAGUGCUGGACCCCCGACUACUCCUACGGCACCUCUGCAUCAUCAUCCUAAAUGUCCGAUGAUGGGUGGCAGCGUGUCAACCGCGGAGUCGUCUCAGACGGACAGCGACGACGUGUCGCCGGCGGCCCGCCGCCGCGCCGCGCUCCGCCCUGCGCACGCGCACGUCCCGCACGUGGUGCACGCGCCUCACGCGGUGCACGCGCCGCACGCGCCGCACGCGGUGCACGCGCCGCACGCCACGCACGCGGCGCUGGCCGCGCACCCCAUGUCUCACCACGCGUCGCUGCACGCGCACCCCCUCCCGCACACUCUACUUGCGCACCAGCACGCCACGAGCUUCGCCGUUGUGCCGAGAAUAUCGGAUAUAUCAAAGAAGGACGAGCGGAGCGCAAGCCUAGACAAACCGGAUAAGGCGGAUAGGCCAGACAGACCUGAGAAGAGUCGUCCUACGGCCAUCGUCACAAAAUCGAUGCGCCGCUCCGCCAGUACUUCAGGCCUGUCGCUGGUCAUACAUCCAGCAGACGACAGUACGUGGAGUGUGGGAGCCGGUUCACCGUGCGCUGGCAACACAUCAUCUACCAACUCAUCUCGUGACUCCUCGCCCUGCAGGGAUCCACCGUCACCGUUCGCUCUACCCAACCACUCGUGA